AUGCGUUUUCGUUUACACCUGGCUUUUGUUAACAAGGAAGAAGCAAAUCACCCUCGUUUGUUAGACACCGUUAGAACUUUAAAAAGUCAAGUAAAUGCUUUACUAGAAAGGAGACAAGAAGACUUUAACAUAUUAGAAGAAUCAAUUAGACGUUCGUUGGAUAAAAAUUCGGAAUUGGCGACAUUGAGGAAAGAUUUGAACGACUUACGGUGA